AUGUCGGACAGUAGCUCCGCGGUUGUGGAAGUCGGAGAUGGGAGAUAUCAGCACAACUACAUCCAAGCGAAGCUGCUUCGAGACUGGAAGAAGCGCGACAAUGGACAUUAUGGAAUCAAUCUCUCACCGGUGGUGGCCUCGGGUGUUGCAGAUCGCAAUGGUGCGAAGCAAGGGCUACUACUGGGAGUGGCACACUCAGAUCCGUCGGCGUCACCUCGCACUCGAACUCGACCCCGUCUUCGACCUCGACCUCGACGACCUGGAGGAGACAUGGAACCAACCACCUCAGACGUAUCCUGCUUUUGGGUCUACGUUCUCGCUCUCCUAUUCCUGACUCUUAUGAUCUGCCUCGUCCGAAACUGGGUCUGCAAGCCCACCCAGCAACCCGUGCCGCGUCCGCCGCCCACGGUCCCGGUAGGGAUUCCAGCAACCGUACGGCCGGCAGACGAAGAAGCUCUUGACCGGAUUGCCAUGAUGCUGCCAUCCCGCUGGAUGGACUGGCUUUCUGACCCACCCUACCUCCCCGCCGUCUGGCCUCAAUACCCAUCGGGGGGAAUCGAAGCAGCGCACAAGGAGCUCACCCAACUCAUCCAGUCGAAUCCAUGGCGUCAGUUGGAUGGCGAGCGUCUGAAUGCCCAUCUUGGUCAUGCCAUUGGACUCCGCGAUGGCGACAUCCCAUCCAUCUACAUUGCCAACUUAGAGCCGGGAUGGUUGAAGGAAGCGGGUGAGUGUUGGGAUAGCCGCAUUCCCCUGAAGGGCUCCGUCUACUGCGCCAUACGCCAUCGACCCGCACUCGAUCGUGCACAGGAAACUCUCAUCGCUCCAUUGCGAGAGUACAUCACCAAGGAACUCGGCUUCGUUCGCAAUACAACGUACCUCCUCUCACGCCUGCAAGUCUUCGCAACAGACCAUCAAACUCGCGCUAUUGCCACAGUCACAAACGCAUUCAGGGACACUGCUCGCCAUCAAUAUCCAUGGAAUAUCGCUUUUGACCCUGCAUCCGAAUCCCAAACCAUGGCAGGAAUUGACGCAGAGACUCUUCAAUCCAACUAUGAAUACUUUGCCCAGGCCGCUUUCUUCGAACUGAUUGCUCACACCGUUGAACCCCAGCUCACACGGCGGACUCAGCAAUUGGAAGGUUUACAACAGCAGUUGAGAGAUGCACCAAAGGGCAACCCUGCCCAGCUGGUGCAGUCCGUGAGCUACUGGAUCACCUCCGACCUCACACGCCAUCGUACAUUCGGCAACGCAACACAAAUGCGUCAAGCGGCUUGCGAGUGGUCUCUGCAGCGCAUGCCAUUACACCCGGAAGCACCAUCACCGGAAACACUCUCCAAACCACCACAGCAUCCAUUCCAACACAGCACCUCACUGCAGACUCUCUUCCUCUGCCCCGUCUGCCUCUCCGUGAACGCAAUCGAGGAGCUCCGCAACGCCCGGAUCCAAGCGUAUAACCACCUCGUCCACACCCUCUGGCUCUCCCCCGACGCGCCGGAAAGCUAUCGCUGGCACUGGGAAGAAGGCGGAUCCCUCACGCAGGACUGGGAGACUGCCAUUCGAUCCGAGUGGAAACGCCAUGUCCAGGGAUGGAUUGAAUCUGUCGUCGACGACGACGACGACGGAGCCUCGAAUGAUGCCGUGGGGUGGAAGAAGGAGGUGAUGCCGGAGAGGGUACACGGGAGGAAUUUCGUUCGGCCACGCACCGGCGGGAAAGGCCAUGAUGGGAGGGAGAAGGCGGGGAAUCGAGAGGAUGCCACGGGGAAGAUGAGGCCUUUGGUGGCAAGGGCAGACGGCGCGAUGCUACAAUUCGGCUGGCCUCGGCUGAGGGAUCGGAAGGAUUGCAAGGAGAGGCAUGAGAAGGAGUUCAUGCCAGGACGGAAGGCGGAGAAUUGA